GUGAUGCUCUUUGUCCCUCCAGUCCAUUGUACACAGCGGAGGAAACCCUGUGCCGACCCGAGCCGCCAUCUUGGAUAGGCAGAUCAUACUUGAGUCAAGAUAACUCCCAAAACAACCCCUCCGAAUCGCUCCAUUUUCCCGUCUCGAGGCGUCAACUCUGAGCCAAAAUGGCCACCGCACCGUACAACUACUCCUACAUUUUCAAAUACAUCAUUAUUGGGGACAUGGGGGUCGGCAAGUCAUGUUUGCUUCACCAGUUCACAGAAAAGAAAUUCAUGGCAGACUGCCCCCACACGAUCGGCGUGGAGUUCGGCACGAGGAUAAUCGAGGUGAGCGGCCAGAAAAUCAAGCUGCAGAUCUGGGACACGGCCGGACAAGAGCGCUUCCGGGCCGUGACCCGCUCGUACUACCGCGGCGCGGCGGGAGCGCUGAUGGUCUACGACAUCACCAGGAGAAGCACGUACAACCACCUCAGCAGUUGGUUGACUGACGCCAGAAACCUCACCAAUCCCAAUACGGUGAUCAUCCUCAUAGGAAACAAAGCAGACCUGGAGGCCCAGAGAGACGUCACGUACGAGGAAGCAAAACAGUUUGCCGAGGAGAACGGUCUGCUCUUCCUGGAAGCCAGUGCAAAAACGGGCGAAAACGUGGAGGACGCCUUCCUGGAGGCGACCAAGAAAAUCUACCAGAACAUCCAAGACGGCAGCCUGGACCUGAACGCCGCCGAGUCGGGCGUCCAGCAUAAGCCGUCGGCCCCCCAGGGCGGACGGCUAACCAGCGAACCACAGCCCCAGAGGGAAGGCUGCGGAUGCUAAUGACCAAGCAACCCCCACCCCUCCUCCCCCAGCAAAGCCCACCAUGCCCGAGUGAAGGGACACAGCAACUCCCUUCCUCCUCCUCCUGUCUCACCCCCAAGAUGGUUUUUUUUUUUGGCUUCUAUCAUCUUGCCACAUUCAUUUCAUUACUGUCAUCACUUUUUGUUUUUGUUAAUGUUUGCUUUAAUUGCUCCAAAUGACAACUUCUCUAUGAAUUACAUCUUAAACUACCCCCCCCCCCCCCCCCUUCCUGUUCAGCUGGGCAAGAUUUGGCGGUUCGGGACAAUGAAGGCACGGAUGUCAUUUUAGGCAUCUCAUCAAAAAAAACGGAUGGAAUAUCGCUUUUCCAUUUUUGAGUUAGCACUUGUCCUCAUUUGAGUCACAAGUGAGCUGAGCCUAUCCCGGCGUACACCCCGGACUGGUCGCCGGUCAAUCACGGCACAUAGACGUCAAUUCACAUAGUCUUCAAUGAAGCUAAAGCGUUUUGGGGAUGAUAGGGGAAGCCGGACUACCUGAAGAAAGCCUACACAAGCACGGGAAAGAUCACGCACGCUCCGCACAUGAAGGCCGGAGCAAUGAGGCAGAUCCAUGCCCAUGUAGAUAAAUGUCAAUUAAAAUAAACCUUAAAAGUCUAAUGGUUACAUCCUCAUAUCCCAUUUUGUUUUGUUGCCUUACUAGUCUUAAUCUUUCCCAAAUUUGGCUUUUAGUGUCAAAAGCAGAAUGGCCCACUUGUAUAAUACACGCAGCAGCAUGCCCCGCCUACUCCCCCAUAAUCAGCCCCCCCCCCCUUUUUUAUUUUUUAUUUUGUUUGUGUACUAUAGUGACUCCUGAUUGGACGGCUGUGUAUAUAAAUCUAUCGCUUGACUGUGUGGUGAUGGCCCAGACUAGGUGGGAUUGGGACAUUGUACAGUUUGAUGUGUUUGUAGCAGGCUGCCUGUACGUCAACGCCCAGGAAGAGGGAAGUUCUGUAACAUAGUUUCUAUUAAUAAUAAUAAUAAAUGUAUGUAAAGCAGAAACAUCCACUUAAUCCCACCUUCCAUCUGCACACUACUGAACUUUGCCAGAUUUAUCAUGUGCAACAUCUUUUAUUUAUUUUGAGUCCUGUUUUGCUGUCUUUUCUCAUUUGAAGAAGGGCGAUGGCUCUUCAUUUCCCCUUUUGCUGUCUGAGUGACCACUUUCUGCUUUUGUCUGUCCCAUGACUCAAGUAAAAACAUAAACAACGUACAUAUGUAUAAAUUUUUAAAAGGAGCCGUGCUAACAUUUAAAAGCAUUCUUUUUGCGUGUAUAUGAUUUAAAAAAAUGUUGACAUUUGAUUAUAAUGAUAAAAAGACUUCUAGACAGAGAGAAAAAAAUAAAUUAUACAUAACCUGUG